CGGACUGGCCCGGCCCGGCCCAGGGAAAGAACCGACUCAGCGGGUCAAUAUGCUCGUUUAGGAUUGUGUUCUUCUUCGUGGCUUCCGCAGGCGGCUAUCCUUAAUCCAUUAAAAAGCCCUUCUUCAUCUCCUUCGCUCUCUCCUUUUGUUUUCUCUCUCUAAAAUCCCCAUCCCAGAGAGAGGGAAUCAGAGUUCCAAUUCAGAAUCUUUCAUCUUCCUCUGCGAUUCAAUCUCGAUGAACAUUUAGGGGAAAAAGCAUUCGAGUAAACGUUAUCCAGAGUCGAAAAUGUCUCAUGCGGUGUUCCAGACGGCUCAAAUCAUGCCCAUCCACACCCAGCUUCCCACCACCAAGCUAUGGCUUCCGCCGCCUGUCAAACUCGGUUCUUGCCAACGAACCAGAACAGUUCUGGUGGUGAAAGCCGUCACCACUUUUUCUCCUCCUCCUUCUCAUUCUUCUUCUUCUUCGGAUGAUUCAGAUGGGAAUUCCAUUGCUCUGUUAGAGCGUUGCUUUGCAGCCCCAUCUUCGCCUGCUGGUUCUGACUCCUCUCUCACCGCUACAUCUUCCUCCUCUUCCGGACCUGUUAUGAAAGGCAAAUAUGGUGCCCUUGGUGCUGUUACCUUGGAGAAAUCCAAGCUUGAUAUGUCUCAGAAGCAGACCAGGUCUAGCCCCGAGACUGCAAUUGGGGGAGGUGGUGGAGAUAUUGGCAAGAAAAUUAAUCAUGGUGGUGGUGAUGGUGGGGAUGAUGACGGUGAUGAUGACGAUUAUUAUGAUGAAUUCGACGAUGGGGAUGAGGGAGAUGAAGGUGGCCUAUUUCGGAGAAGGCAAUUUCUUGAAGAGCUUUUUGAUCGAAAAUUUGUAGAUGCAGUCUUAAAUGAGUGGCAGAAGACAAUAAUGGAUUUGCCUGCUGGUUUUCGUCAGGCUUAUGAAAUGGGUUUAGUUAGCUCAGCUCAAAUGGUAAAAUUCUUAGCAAUAAAUGCCAGGCCAACUACAACUCGGUUCAUUUCACGAACGCUUCCUCAAGGAAUCUCACGAUCUUUUAUUGGCAGGAUGUUAGCAGAUCCUGCCUUUCUCUAUAGGCUUCUUUUAGAGCAGGCUGCAACGAUUGGUUGCACAGCUUGGUGGGAAAUAAAGAAUCGCAAGGAUAGGAUCAAACAGGAAUGGGAUCUGGCGCUCAUUAAUGUUCUUACUGUAACUGCGUGCAAUGCUAUUGUUGUUUGGUCACUUGCUCCAUGCCGUUCGUAUGGAAAUACAUUCCGAUUUGAUUUGCAAAAUACAUUGCAGAAACUUCCCAAUAAUUUAUUUGAAAAAAGUUAUCCUAUGAGGGAAUUUGACUUGCAAAAGAGAAUCCAUUCAUUUUUCUACAAAGCUGCCGAGUUGUGCAUGGUCGGUAUAACUGCGGGAGCAGCUCAAGGUGCUUUGUCCAAUUUUCUGGCCAAGAAAAAGAAGGAUAGGCUAUCUGUAUCAGUUCCAACUGUGAGCACCAACGCUCUCGGUUAUGGCGCUUUUCUCGGGCUCUAUGCUAAUCUCCGGUAUCAGUUAUUAUGUGGUUUUGACCGAGCAAUGAUCAAUCAUUUUGAUGUUAUUGGAGUCGCCCUGUUUUUCAGCUCUGCAUUGAGGGUUUUGAAUGUGCAACUAGGAGAAAGAUCAAGAUUGGCUUGGCUUGGAGUAGAGGCAGAUCCACUGGUUCAGUCGAGCGACCUCUUGCAGAAGGUUUACAACCGACGUUCGGAAGACGUUAAUAGGUCUUCCUCAAAAUGGUUUAUUUCAAAGAAUGCCAUAACUUCUGGUCUUGGACUUCUCGGUCUCAAACAGACCGGUGCUGACUCCGUCUCUGAAGGUGAAUCAAUACCGAAAGCACGGAGGAAGAGAAUUGUUCGAAAAAAGGUAACGGCAGGUUCGUCGUGAUCUUUCUUUCCUGUCGAUGCAUUCUUCAAUUCCCAGUUUUGCAGUAUGACAAUAGAUUUGGUGCAAAUUGACCACAUAAAUCUUUGAUAAAAUGUAGUUGCUAGGUGGAUAAUAUUUCCUUUGAUGUACCCUGAGAUCCAACUGGAAGGAUUCAUUUUAAAACUGAAAUGAUGCAAUUGUUGUAUAAUUUCUCUUUGUUUUCCACAGGCUAGAUUGAGUGCUUAGUGGUUUU